CUAGCUUCAUCCUAUCAGGGGAUCAUUUUGUCUCAAUCGAAGGAAAUAGCAUCUCCUACCUCAUCAGGAGGGAAGCAUCAGCAAAUGGCUUUGGAAUUCUUCCUGCAUCUUCAGCCAGCCCACAGUAGUAGGACUUUCCAGCCUUUAUAAUCUGACCAGAACCUGGGAUCUCACCAGCACAGACACUGAGCUAACUCCUUAGCUCUCAACAUGCUUGAACUUGACACCUGGCCACACACUCCUCACAGUGUCCUGCUGCUGACCCUACUGCUAAGACUCACAGGAGCAGAUACACAGAAGGAGCUGAAGGUGAUUCAGCCUGAGAAAUCAGUUUCUGUCUCUGCUGGAGACCCAGCCAUUCUGAACUGCACUGUGACCUCCCUGUCCCCUGUAGGGCCCAUUAAGUGGUUCAGGGGUACAGGGCAGAGUCGGCACCUAAUCUAUAGUUUCACAGGAGAGAAGUUCCCCAGAGUCACAUAUGUUAAAGAUCCCACAAAGAGAAACAACCUGGACUUUUCCAUCUGCAUCAGUAAUGUCACACCUGCUGACGCUGGUACCUACUACUGUGUGAAGAUCGACAGAACAGACUCUGACAAGGAGCUUCGGUCUGGGGGAGGCACAGUGCUGUAUGUGCUUGCUAAACCCUCUCCUCCUGUGGUCUUGGGCCCUGCAGUCAGAGUUAUUCCUGAGCAGACAGUGAACUUCACAUGCAAGUCUCACGGCUUCUUUCCUCGGAACAUCACACUUAAGUGGUUCAAAGAUGGAAAUGAGCUCCCUCGCUUCCUAACUACUGUGCACCCUAAAAGAGUAAGCGUCUCCUACAAUAUCUCCAGCACAGCCCAGGUGGUGCUGAGACCUUGGGACGUCCACUCUCAGAUCAUCUGUGAGGUGUCCCAUGUCACCUUGAAAGGAGGCCCUCUCCGUGGGACUGCCAACUUGUCUGACUCCAUCCAAGUUUCACCCAUUGUGGAGAUCAGCCAGCAGCCACCAAUGGUAUGGAAUCUGAUAAAUGUCACCUGCCAGGUGCAUAAGUUCUACCCUUCGAGCCUUCGCUUGACCUGGUUAGAGAAUGGAAAAGUAUCCCGGAUAGAAGAGCCUUCUAUGUUCACAGUCAACAAGGAUGGAACCUAC